GGUGCGCUGGGGGCCGAACCCACGAGAGGGGCGAGCCUGCAGCGCUCAGGACUUGAACCCCGGGCUGGUCUCCUGUCCCGCGAGCGAGCGGUGGACCCUGCCGAGGACGUCGCUGCGAUGCUGCGCUCGGCUCUCAGGAGGGCUGCCCAGGUGGGCGCCACGCUGGUGCGGAAGGCCAGUGGGGUCGGCCGAGGCCACGAGCCUCAGGCCCCGGCGUGCGGAGCCCCGGGCAGUACGGUGGAGCUGCUGGGCAAGUCCUACCCCCAGGAUGGCUUCAGCAACCUGUCCAGGAAGGUGCUGUCCCGGGUGGGCAGGAACCUGCACAACCAGCGGCAUCACCCGCUGUGGCUGAUCAAGGAGAGGGUCAAGGCGCACUUCUACCAGCGGUACGUGGGCCGCGCCGGGACGCCGCUCUUCUCCGUCUACGACGACCUCCCCGUGGUCACCCCCUGGCAGAACUUCGACAGCCUGCUCAUCCCGGCCGGCCACCCCAGCCGCAAGAAGGGGGACAACUAUUACCUGAACGAGAGCCACAUGCUGCGGGCGCACACGUCCGCACACCAGUGGGACCUGAUGCGCGCGGGGCUGGACGCCUUCCUGGUGGUGGGCGACGUGUACCGGCGCGACCAGAUCGACGCCCAGCACUACCCCGUGUUCCACCAGCUGGAGGCCGUGCGGCUCUUCUCCCGGCACCAGCUGUUUGCUGGCGUAAAGGAUGGAGAAAACCUGCAGCUUUUUGAACAAAGUUCUCGCUCUGCCCAUAAACAGGAGACACACACCAUGGAGGCCACAAAGCUCGUAGAGUUUGACCUCAAGCAAACACUUACUGGGCUUGUGACACAUCUUUUUGGAGAAGGACUGGACAUCAGAUGGGUGGACUGCUACUUUCCUUUCACUCAUCCCUCCUUUGAGAUGGAGAUCUACUUCCACGGAGAAUGGCUGGAAGUUCUUGGCUGCGGGGUGAUGGAACAGCAGCUGGUAAAUUCAGCUGGUGCUCAAGAGCGGAUCGGUUGGGCCUUUGGCCUUGGACUCGAGCGGCUGGCCAUGGUCCUCUAUGACAUCCCCGACAUCCGCCUCUUCUGGAGCGAGGACGAGCGCUUCCUGAAGCAGUUCCGCGUGCCCGACAUUAACCAGCAGGUGAAGUUUCAGCCUCUCAGCAAAUAUCCCGCCGUCACCAACGACAUCUCGUUCUGGUUACCUCGAGAGAACUACACAGAGAACGACUUCUAUGACUUGGUGCGAACAGUGGGAGGAGACCUGGUGGAGAAGGUGGAUCUCAUAGACACGUUUGAACAUCCAAAGACGCACAGGACCAGCCACUGCUACCGCAUCACCUACCGCCACAUGGAGCGCACGCUGUCCCAGAAGGAGGUGGGGCACGUCCACCAGGCCGUGCAGGAGGCGGCCGUGCGGCUGCUGGGUGUGGAGGGUAGGUUCUGAGGUCACUCCAUCCCCCGCCGCAGCCCUCCCCGGACUCCGGAUUCACUGAAUGAAAGAGAAAAGGAUCCUGUUUGUGGACUGCCGCAUCAGUCGUCUGGAGACAAAUGGGUCAGUCUCAGGACUUUCAGAAAUAAAGGAUUGCUUUCAGGAAACGG